AUGAGCAAUCACAGUCUCAUAGAUUAUCUGAUUAUGUCGUCUGAUCCCUACCAACACUUUCAAAUUGCUCACAAUACUGAUGGCACUCUCACUCGAUAUAUGAAAUUGCCAAAGACCAAAGCAAACCCAGUGGCCUCUCCCGGAGACCCGGUGCUCUCCAAGGAUCUCAUUCUCAAUGCCCAAAACAAAACCCGUGUCCGAGUCUACAUUCCGACACCAAAACUUUCUUCAAAUGAUGGCAUAAGGAUUCCCAUCAUAAUUUUCUACCCUAGUUCUGCAUGGAUUCUUUUAAAUUGGGACACUACCCUGGUCCAUUUACAAAGCUCAAAGCUCGCAUAUCAAGUUUCUGCCAUUGUUGUUAGCGUUGAAUAUCGCGUUGCCCCAGAGAAUAGGCUCCCAGCGCAAUACCAUGAUGCAAUGGACGCAAUUCUUUGGGUGAGAGAACAAGCAUUGGAUCCAAACGGUGAGCAAUGGAUUAGAGAUUAUGGAGAUAUUUCAAGGUGUUAUCUACAUGGAAGUGCUAAUGGUGGGAAUAUGGUAUUUUUCGCUGCGUUAGAAGCAACGGGAAUGGAGUUGGAGCCCUUGAGGAUUGCUGGGAAUAUAAUGAACCAGCCCAUGUUUGGCGGCAUGCAAAGGACGAAUUCAGAGUUACAGAACUAUGGGGACGUGAUGUUGCCCUUGUGUGCACAAGAUUUGGCUUGGAAGCUCUCGUUGCCAGAAGGUGAAGAUCGAGACCAUUGGUAUUGUAAUCCGAUGGUGGAGGGCCCCCAUACGAGUGCCAUUAGUAAGCUUGGUAGGUGCCUUGUGAUUGAGUCCCGUGGGGACCCAUUGAUUGAUCGACAACAGGAGUUUGCAACCAUGUUGAUAAGGCAUGAGGUCCAAACUGAAGUGCAAUUCGACCCUUUGGGGUGCCAUGCGAUCGAGAUCAUAGACCUGGAAUGGGCAAAUGCUCUUGUGGAAAGGAUUAAACGCUUUAUUGUAGAAGCAGAAAAUAAAUCAUGA